GCAUGCGCGCUGAUGGUAGCUUAAGAUGAGUGACAGAGCGCGGCGCCCCGUCCCCCCAGUCUGACAGCCGGUACAGUAGUGACGUCACCUCGCGUCACAUGACCCGCGCCUUAAGUACAGUAACGGCUACAACAUGGCGGCUGCGGGGAGCUAAGCGCGGAGACACCAAGCCCCGGCCCCAGAUGCCGCACACCAUGAGGGACGCGGCCCGGAGGAAGCGGAGACGGCGGCGGAGGAAGAAGAAGGGCAGGACGUGGGCAGAGGCCGCCAGGACGGUGCUGGAGAAGUAUCACAACACACCCAUGAGCCAUAAAGAGAUUCUCCAGGUCAUCCAGCGGGAAGGGCUGAAAGAAAUCAGUGGCACAUCUCCCCUGGCCUGCUUGAACGCCAUGCUCCACACCAACUCCAGAGGGGAGGAGGGCAUGUUUUACAAGGUCCCGGGCAGAAUGGGGGUCUACACACUGAAGAAGGAUGUGGCGGAUGUGGUGAAGGAUCUCUCGGACUUCUCAGACGACAGCAGCGACCUUCAGUCCGAUACCCAGAGCUCCGACCACAGCAGCUCCAGCAGCAGCAGCACCAGCGCAGCCAGUAACAAGGACAGGACUAGGAGCUGCUGGAAGAGAAAAGUUACAUCUAGACUCUCCCAGCCAUCCUCCCCCCAGUCCAGCUGUCCUUCACCCCCCAUCCCUGUGGGUAAAGUCAUCUCUCCAUCUCAGAAGCUCAGCAAGAAGGCCCUGAAACAGGCUCUGAAGCAGCAGCAACAGAAGAAGCAGCGCAGAGCCGGGAUGCAGGUCUCCUCUAGCCAGCACCUCCUACUGAAAGCCGUGAAGACCACAAAAAGCAUCAGCCCCGCCAAACCCACAGCCGCUCACACAUGGACAGCAAAGCGCACAGAGGUGCCAUCCAGGACCCCCCCACCAGUUACAGCGCCCACCUCCACGUACUCAGUGAAAGCGAAUGAACCCUUACAUGGGCUGGGGAAGAAGGAUCUGCAGCGGUCGGACAGGCUGCAAGCCAGACACUUAAAAAGAACGAAAUGUGCGGAGAUUGAUGUUGAGACGCCAGAGUCGAUCCUGGUGAACACAAACCUGCGGGCGCUGAUAAAUAAACACACGUUCUCGCUGCUCCCGGCGGACUGCCAGCAAAGACUCCUGCGACUGCUGCCGGAAGUGGACCAGCCGGCCGGGCCGGAUGGAUUCCUGAAACUGAGCAGCUCGGCCCUAAAUAAUGAGUUCUUUACCUCGGCGUCCCAGAGCUGGAAGGAGCGGCUGGCGGAAGGUGAAUUCACGCCAGAAAUGCAGCUACGUAUCCGCCAGGAGAUUGAGAAGGAGAAGCGGGUGGAAGCGUGGAAGGAACAGUUCUAUGAGGGUUAUUACGGGGAGAAUUCUGGGCUGAGCGUCGAGGACUUCAAUGAUCUGACAGCAGAAGAUGACAGCCAAGCCCCAAUCUCCCCACCAAAAGUACACACUACGCCGGAGCCUGAGAAAGUGAGCAGCAGGUCCCCAGCCUGUACCCCUGUGGAUGACCCCCUCUCUGUGAAGGCUGAAGAUGACAAGGUUGUUCCACCUGAACUACCAGAGACUACAGAAGCCAUACCACAACCAGAAAUGCCUGAUGAAGACAUCACUGAUAAGAUGUCUUCUACUGACUGCACUGAGAUGGCUGAAGAAGCAAAAGCAGAUGGUCCCGCUGAGGUCAAGAUAGAAGCAAAGACCGAUACACCCCCAACUUGUGAAUCCAAGGAUGUGGAUGAGAAGAGUCGUAUUUGUUUGACCCCAAGCACACCAAAGAGCCCGUCCCUCAUCCAGUUGCACAGAGCACUUUCCAGCAAGGACGACCUUCACCAUGACUCAAGUGAGGCCGAGUCACCAGAAAAGGUGGAUGCUGCCAUCAGUAGCAGGGCCAAGAGGCGUUUGGACGUUGGUGAAGACUUUCUGGCUGGUACUGAGAAGAGUCCACGUUUGAUGGAAGAUAGCCAGCCCCAGCAGUCGUUUCGUGCCUUAUCUAGGACUCUCUCCGAACCGGCACAGCAGGCACAAGAGCAGAAGCUAUCUCCAGCCCAGAUUCCGAGGAUCUCCCCCAAGCCAUUUCUUAGCAGCCAGGUCUCUCACAGGCCCAUCUUUCCCACCACCGGUACCAGUCCUGGCAGAACUGGAGCCCGUACACUGGCAGACAUCAAAGCCAAAGCUCAGUUGGCCAGAGCACAAAGAGCGGCAGCCAUCGCUGCCCAUGGUGGCUCCAUCCCCGGCCCUGGCCCCGGGGGAGGAGCAUACUCUGCGGGUGGCCCCAGAGUUCAUCCAGACCAGAGCAGAAACAGAUUCCUUAGCCUGGGAAGUACUGGAAGAGGGAGAGGUGAAAGGGGAACUUCACCCUAUACUUCAUGCAGCCAGAUUCAAGCAGAGGCCAAGAGCACAGUGCAGGCACCGGCUCACAGUGCAGGAAGAACACAGCUACUGCAGAAACUCAGCAAGCAACUCGCAUCAACCGAGACUAUGACUGGACCCACGAGACACCUCCUCCAAGCCCCAGAUAGAGACUGCUCUUUCAUCAGUACAAAGGUCUACCUGCCAGCCCCAGCACCAGAUGUUCCUACAAAGCCCUCCGGGCCUGCAAAAGCAAUGGCCCACUGUGAAAGUUCCCUCCAUAUUGAUAGAGAAUUAUUUCCCCAAAGCACAGAUAUCUCAUCCACGCAGAGCACAAAGGGAGCACAAGCUGGUGACCAAUGUCCACCAAUACCUACCACACUAGGUUCUUCAGACCCGGGCAUGCCACUGGGCAAGCAACAAGCAGAAGCUUAUUUUGUGAAGGUCGAUAAUGCAACACAAGGGAUGAGUAAGUUGCAGUCUGGCUGUGCACCAGACCCCGUGGUUAAGCCUCUGCAGUUGAGGACUCCUAGCGAGCAGGUGACUAAGUCCAGCUCCAGCAUUCCUGCAAAUAACCCGCUGGUUACCCGGCUGCUGCAAGGACAGAAAGUCCCGUUAGAGCAAAUUUUACCCAGGUCCCUAACUAAAAUGGAAUUGAAGACUGUGCCCUUCCCGCCAGAGAGACCAUCCAAUGUUAGCACGGUGCCUGUUCCUCAGGGGCUGGACUCUUACAGUAGGGAAGAGCUGGAAAGACCAUCGCAAUUGGCCGCUCAACAACUAGAGAGAUUCUUUUGCCACAAUCGGCAACUUCCAUCAAGCCAAAGGAUCUGGCAGCUGUUUUCAGGGAAAGACUUGGCAAGCACCAGUAACAAUCAAAUGCAAGUACCGGAGGUGCCCAGCAUAAACCAGGAGCACGUUCUGCAGUCUCUGAUCAGAAAGGUGUGGCAGGAGAAUUCCAUGACUCCACCGAAGGCAUCUGCAUUCAAAGCGGCUGAGUGCACUCCACCAACAGAGACUCUCUCUCAUAGGUUCAUGCUCGGUUUUGUUUGGAGGCGAACCUCAAAGCCGGCCAUGUCUGGCCAUUAUCUACUCAACAUCUCCACAUAUGGAAGGGUUCCGGAGGCCUUCAGGCGAGCUCAGUCUGGGAGCACAGAGACCAAUGUGUUCUUAGAUGAUCCUGACCAACUAGUCAACGCAGGUGAUGAAUCAGAGUCUGUUACGGAGAGCGGUGAGGAGGACACUGAGUCUGAGGAGAGCACAGAGGAAUGUGGCUCCCCAGUCGCUAAAGCCAACACUCGCUCCGAAAUCUCCUUGUCUCCUAAAUCUGAAUCUCUCUCUAACAACCAAGUACCCGAAGAGACUGCAAAAGCCAAACUUCCCCCAACAUUUAACAUGAAGGAGACCGUUCAGAUUGUUACCAAGGGUAGCCUAUAUAAUGAGUCCACCAUAGCCAGAGACUUGUUUCACGCUGCCCAAGCUAAGAUGGCCAACGUACUGGGGGUAAGGUUGAAACACGAUGCCUCUGACAUUUUUGGAAGGCAUGCACCAUCUGCAGCAUCCCAGCUCCAACACCCGGAGCUGCUGCAGGCGCCCAGGACUUGUGGAAAUACGGCUGGUCUCAUUGGAUCCAGUUAUGGCGGCACCAUCAACAUCUCCACCACACCAGACGGGCUGCACAGGUCCUCCCUUCCCACAGGUGUGAGUUUUAGCUCAUCCAAUGCUGACAAUGUGGUGUCCUUCUCUGUGACGGUGACAACCAUCCCUUCCAGCCAGAAUGUAAGCUCUGGUGGCCACGAGCAGCCCAUUUCUGUCCAGACUUACACAGAGGACACUGAUAUAGAAUUGGGCCCUUCCAAAUGCUACUGUCGGUUGAAAGCCAUGAUCAUGUGUAAGGGCUGUGGGGCGUUCUGCCAUGACGAUUGCAUCGGCCCCUCCAAACUGUGCGUCUCCUGCCUGGUGGUGCGGUGACGCCAUCACGUGUCCGUUCGGCAAUAUGGCUUUCUCCCCAAGCUCCCAGAACUGGCCAGCUUUCCCUAUUGCAGGAUGAUCAGGGUUGUAGUCAGGCCCCAUUGUGGGGCUGACCUACUCCCACUGGAACUCUUAUGAUCUUGGCGGGUACGUUGUAGGGUUCUCGGUAGCCCUAAAAGUGAUCAUGACAAACGUUUGCACUUAAUUAUGUAAAUAGCAUUGAAAGGUUUUUUUGUUUUUUUUUAAAAGAAAUGUUAAUUUCCUUACCAGAUUUCCAAAGACUGAGACACAAGAAAGCAAUAUUACCCAGCUCUCCUCCCCUUCUCUUUCCCACUCACCUUUCUCCGUUCAUGCACUAUAGAAGAUACGGGAUCCUCCGUUUAAGCAAUAAUUCUAAACUACCUAAUGUUUGCACCAGAUGUGUGCCCCGUAUCAUAUACAGGUAGGUACUGGCAUAGCGUAUUUGUGCUGCAACCAGGCUGACCACCAGUGUAUAUAAUGGGGGGGGAGGGGGCAGCACAGUGUGUGGGGGCAGUGCCAUCCAACCACUAUCUGGGGGUGGGCCCACUGGCCAAUAAUACUGCAAAACCGCACAAGGGGAGGAGCUAUCUGAUCUGCCUCACUGAGGGGGCGUGGCUUGAUGCAGUGUCAUGUGACUGAUCCAGGAAGUUCCCCAGCACUCAACCAGGAGCAGCCAACAUGAAGGAGACGCUGAUGUUCAAGACGGCUAAGUUGCAGGGCAACGUGCUGGUGAGUGAUUGUGAUAGAUAUAGAUAUAUAUAGAUAUAGAUAUAGAUAUAUAGAUAGAUAUAUAUAUAUAUAUAUAUAUAUAUAUAUAUAUAUAUAUAAUAUAGCUGUACCUGUGUAUGAUACCCUCAUGGACCCUUGGGUACUAGCCAGUGCCUCCCCGGCCAUUUAUCCCACCUCACGUCUCUGGUGUAGACUUAUUACUCCUGGAGCUUAUUCUGUAUGAAUGAGUGAAGCUGAAUCCUAUUUAGAAUCUUCUUGGUCCUAUUACCGCUCCCGUGAGUGUAAUAUAUAAUAAGAGAGCACUUAGUGGUUUCCUCUCUGGGCACAGGGAGAACAUUACAUAAUGAUAUGUAUAUAUAAAGAUUGGAUUCUGGCCAGCACUGUGAUUUCUUAUUUUCUUGCUCCCCGAGCUCAGUCAGGUUGAUGAAAAGCCAUAGUCCUGUACAACGUGUUAGAGCCUUGCAGUACCUUCCUCUGCCCAGUGAGGGCGCCAUACUGACCUGUUUGGCUUCUGUAUAAGUGUCACCUUAGAAUGGUUAUGGGAGUUUUACGUCUGUAGGUUGUAUCUGUUUGCCCAUCUCCACCACACCCCAUGUACUGUGUCAUAAUGUCACUUAUUACUGGCCUGUCAGAUACUUAUUUCCUACUCUGAGCCCAGUGGUCUCUCUGUCCAUCAGCACUGCGCAGACUGUACGUCUAGGUAACCUUUCCCCACCUUACUCUAUCUGUACCUCCCUCUACCACUGGCUCGUGUGCCCGGGGUUAGUGGCGAAGCUCAGAUCCGCGUGCAGGGCAAUUAGAUGCAUCAUUAUGAUGUCACACCCUCCCCUCCACCAUGUCAGCGUCGUUCCGAUGAGCCGCGUAGCAUGCAAUAACCAUGUUACAGAUGGUGCCGUCUGGUCCAGCAACCAGAGCCCUGCUGCACAAUGUACGUUAUCACACGCACCCCUGCUCUCGCUGCUGCCAGCUGAUGAGGUGCCCCUAUACCCUAAUCCUCACCGGUGUGAUAGAAUGGCUGUACAUCAUGAGAUGUGAUCUGCAGGGGAAGGGGGGGGGGGGGGG